UCCAGCUCAGCAGCCACAGGCCGCGUGGAGUAAGCGGGGAUCCCACGGUUGCGCCCGCUGCUGGAGAGGCGUGGGCUGCCGUGGACGGCUUACCUGGGCGUGUCGGGCGCGCGCAGGUUUCGACACUCCGUUCCUAUUUGUCACUCGUCUGUGGACGUUCUAACUGGAAGCUCUGAGAAAAAGAUGAAAAGUACAACAAAGUGGCCAUGCUGCUGAGUGGAACACAGAGGCUCUGAUCCUGCCUGGAUGUGUGACUCAGGCUACGAGCCCAUCCUUAACCUGCUGAGCCCUCUUUGACCAAAGAUGCAGUCAGGAGGUCCACCCCCGCCACCACCUCCACCUCCACCUCCACCUCCACCACCUCCACCUCCAGCUCCUGGCCUCCCUUCACAUGGCCCCGGUCUCUCUGCCAGAGGGCUCCACCGGCUCUCCAGAAUGCGCAAUUUCAACUGGGAAACUCUUCCCAAGCACAGCGUUAUAGGAAAGCACAACAUCUGGACAGAAGAUAGGACCGAUGGGGAGUACGAGCUGGACACGGAGCACAUGGAGGAGCUGUUCAGCCAGAAGAAGGACCAGCAUCAAGUCAAGGCCCUGAGCAGCCAGAGUCCCAGAGGCCAGUCGCCUGGAGCCUCCGGAGCAGAAAUAGUUACCGUCCUCAGCUCCAAGAGGAGCAUGAACAUUGGAAUUUUCCUAAAGCAAUUCAAGCGGCCCGUUAACGACAUGAUCCGCCAAAUCAAGUCGGGGAGCAGCCGCGGUUUUGGCUCAGAAAAACUGAGGGAGCUGUGCAAGCUGCUGCCAGAGGAAGGGGAGCUGAAGCAGCUGGUUGGUUUUAAGGGGGACCCCUCCACUCUCCCUGAAGCAGAUCUGUUUAUGCUGAUGCUGGUCAAGAUUCCCAGCUAUGAAGAGCGUCUGAGCAGCUUGAUGCUGAAGGAGGAGUUCCUCCCUCUCAUGGAUGAAAUCAAGGGUUUCAUUCGCACCCUGACUGCAGCUGGAAAAGAACUGCUGCAGUCUGACCACCUCCAUUCUAUCAUUCGUCUGGUACUGAAGACGGGGAAUUACAUGAAUGCUGGCGGCUACGCAGGCAGCGCAGUUGGCUUCCGAAUGGCCUCUCUGCUGAAGCUGGUGGACACCAAAGCAAACAAGCCGGGAAUCAAUCUGAUGCAUUAUGUUGUCAUGCAAGCUCAAAAGGUCGACGUGUCCCUGCUCAACUUUCCAGAACAACUCAGUCACAUCAAAGCUGCAGCGAGAAUAAAUAAAGGCGACCUUGAAGCAGAAUUUGCGAGACAGGUGAAGAGAAUAGAAGCCGCCAAGGCAAACACCUUGAAGCAAGAAGACCUGAAGACCCAGAUGGAGGAUUUUCUAAAGGAGGCUGACUGCUGCCUGACCCAAGUAGGAGCGACCCUCCAGGAGCUGCAGUCCGUCAGUGACGCCGUAGCAGAGUACUUCUGUGAAGACCCGCAGAAGUUCAAACUGGAGGAGUGCUGCUCCAUCUUCAGCUCCUUUUGUGAGAAAUUCCUACGAGCCGUCCAGGAAAACAAGGAUCAAGAGAUGGCCGAGUUGAAGCGGAGGCAGAGAGACCGUCUGGAGAGCGCCGCCAAGCGCAGGUCCAUCGCCACCUGUUCCAGCAGAGACAAAGAAAUGGAAGGCAUCACUUUGGAGUCGGCGUUGCAGAGCGUCCUCAUGAGUAACCUCUCUCGCCGGAGGUCCGGGAGGCCCACGUCCACUCACGGCAGCCCCACCAACGGGAGCCUGUCGGAGAUUACGUCACAGGCCAACCUCCCCAGCAGAAGCCGACUGAGAGGGGGCUCGUUUAUGGGCAGGAAGGAGUGGAACUCAGCGGCCGAGCUCAGAGGGAACUCAUCGCCAAAUAGAGCCCAAGCGAACGGGGGCGACGGGAAACAAGCUGGUAAUCGUCAUGAAGAAGUGACGAGGACGUCCGGGACAGAGGAUUCUGCAAAAACCAAACCUCCACCCACCGUGGCCUCCGACCCGCCCCCCUUGGUCCGAACGUCUUCCCCCACUGUUAACGGCCAAGAAGACCUACUGGAUAACGAUGAGGAGGAAGCUCAGAAGCUACGUGAAGCGUCCAAAAAGGUUUUCCGCUUUCAGAACAGCCGAGGCAGCAGCGUCUCCUCGGGGGAAUUCACUCUGGAAAAUCAGAAAUCCCCGGGUGCGGGUGCGGCCUUGCCCCGUCAGCGCACCGUGGACGAGGACGCAGAGAACCGCCGGGCAGAACAAUCCAACGAGGACUUGGUGAGACUGUUGUUCAGCCCUCAGUUCUCAAAACGUAACCAUGGUCGCCGCCAUACUGUGUCUGCCCCUAAAGUCCCUAAAACUAAAGAGGAGGAGGAUAAUGUGUCCAGAACUCCCAAUCCUGUGACACAAGACAAAGGAAGGCAGCCGUCGGAGGAGGGACGGCUCAAUCCCUCCAAUCAAACCUUUGAUUUCACAGACGUUUCCCUCAGUUUAAAAAGUCCUGCUGCUCAAGUGCUGAAUUCAGCAUCGGCAGAAACAAAAACCACACCAAGUGCUCCCUCGACCCACAUGAACCCGGUUGAAAUGCCCGAAGUCAGGUCAGCGGAGCCCGCCGGCGGACAGUCACGGAGGAACAGCGAAAACGUCCCCCCCAAGGCCACGUGGAUUAAAAGCGAGACUUCUGGGCUGUUCUUUAGCUUUUUUAAACGCCUCGGUGAUAUGAGCAAACUGCAGAGCAACAAAGACACAAGUCACAAGGGCACGAGCUCAGGUGUUUAAAGAGACCGUUUAAAAGCAGGGACGCACUUUGUGUAAUCGUGCUGCUCUGUGUGCAAGUCAUGAAAGGCCAUGUUGUCUGUUGACCACUAGAGGGCAGAAUAUGACGUGGUACGUGUGUUCAUAGAGUAGUUGUGUUGUUCACUCAGUCACUGUUUUGUUGAGUGAACAAAACCAUGAUGGACUCACUCACUGUAAAUAAUUUGGUCUGAACCCUUUAACGUUCUUGAUAAAGUGCGUCAUCGUCUGCCCGUGUUUUUAUCACAGGGUUGAAUGAUAAGUUGAAUUAUUUGACUAUUUACACUGUGCACCUGAAUACAGUAUAGAUUUUUUUCCUUUGCUGUUCUCCUCCGUCCUCACAGCAGCAGAUCAAAAUGCAGAAGGCCAUGAAUUCCUUUGGGCUCGUUCACAAUUCACCCAUUGUUCUUGUCUUAAAUAGGUCAGUGUUACAAAGACAGCCUGUAUGUGACCACGGCUGAACCACAGGCUGACAAUGGGCCAGAGAGGGGCUCCGGUCUCAUGUGAACUUAGGGAGACGUUCCUGUGUUCAUGCAUCUAGUGCUUUUACCCACAGACUGGGAGCUUCUCCAAGGUUUCACGCCCUGCAUUCAUAUCCUCAGACAAACAUGUCAGCCACAUAUUUAUACAACUCUUAUGUAAUAAACUGUUUCCUGAAUUGGAAGGAAAUACUUUCAAUACAGUUUCAGAAAACAAAUAAAUUAUAAAUUUUG